UUCACCUUUUCUUAACGUUCUUAGAAACUAUGUAUUUAUAGCUUGAUUUUAAAGCAUUUGAAGAGACUACAGAGUUUCCUCCGAAGGGAAGGUGGUCCAGGAGACCUGAGCAUAUUUUAUAUUUUCCGCAGUGGAUUAUUUUACUAGGCUACUUAUUGUUGCAAGGCCUGCAUGUAGCUCAAUUAUCGAAAUCCAUUCUGUGAAGCUUCCACCUUUUUUCUUUUCUGAUAUUAAUGUCAGUGGAAGUUUGGAACUCUUCAGUUAUUGAAUCAGCAGAGCAUUAGCAACUUUUAUGCAUCCAGCUCUAGACUUGACUGUAUUACUGUAAUAUUAUCAAGAAAUGUGUACUAUUUGGUAAUCGGUACUUCUCCAAUUUGCAGGUGAUAUUUGGUUGAAAACACUAGUAUUAGAAUGUUGGUGAACACAUUUGGCUUGCUUGUUGUAUCAACGCUUACCACAAUAAUUAAUUUAACUCAUAUCAAACCAGUCUCAUAUUGUAGCACCUUCUCUUCUGUGUUUUGUCCAUCAGGUAUCCCCUUCAUCUAUCUUCAUGGAUAGGAGUGGUGCAUUAUUUGGCUUGUAUGUCUCCUACUGUUUUUUCAGCUUCAUGAACCAUGAGGGUGGAGCACCUCUUUAUGACACACUGAUGUGCCUCGACAUGUUUGGCAUCUGUCUUGUCAACACUUUAGGUGCUCUGCCAAUCAUUCACAUAACUUUCUUGUGUUACCCAUCUUUCCACCGUUUAGCAAUGUUGGUAUAUCUCCUCCUCUCUGUCCACGGUGUUUACUGCUCUGUUAUUGCACAGAGUAACGUGCACUGCCUGCAAUCUUUCGCUUGGAGGGCAAUGUUCUGCUUCAUUCUCUUUAUGUUGUGUCUAACUGGUUCAGACAGAGGAAGCUCCACUUCUCUUUGCCUCUACCUCACCAUAGAUACUCUUGUGUUGCUAGGAGGACUAGUCAAUAUUUCCCACCUGCCAGAGCGCUUCAGCCCUGGGUGGUUUGACUACUGGUUUAAUUGUCACCAGAAUUGUCAUCAUGAUCAUCCUGUCCAUUUACAUAGUGCUACAUAUGUCAAAUUCGAAAUGUAUAUCAGCAUAAAAUAUUACUUGAAUUUAACAAGCUGGACUUGAAGGUCUUUGAAAAUCACUGAAGUAUACCAUCUGGGCAUACAUGGGGAAAUCGGUUUACAUUUUGAGAGUAUGCAUUUAUAUUUCAACUUUCAACACGGUUAAAUUUGACAACACAAAGUUUACGAGUAAAGCUACAAAUUAUUUAAUUAACAUCAACUGCCUCCAUAAUAAUAUUCUGAUACGUACAAAUAAAAUCAAUGCACUGCAUAAAUUAAUUAUUUAUUAUUCGCCAGAAUAUUAGCAAAAGUGGUUCCCUUUCAAGGGAACUUUGAACUGCGUCCUUUAGGAGUCGCUAUGGGGAACACCUCGACGUGACCCUUGCCUGAAGCAUACAUCAACACCAACGAGUUCGCCAGCGACAGCCUCUGAUGUCACUAAUGGUGCGACUAUAGACAGACACCAGGAGAACACGUCAUUCUCUUCUUCUUCACUGACUGUUCUGUCUGAAGCGUGCAUCUGAAAGAACUGGUAAGAGCGAUAUUUCUCUGUAUAUCAUGGCGACUACUAGCA